CCCACAAGGCAGGAGGUCUGCCAAAAUGAAGUUGUUGCUACUUCUGGCAGGUUUGGCAGUGGCACUGGCAGUCCCCAGGUUGCCUAAGGCACGCGACUUUUAUGUGGAGGAGCGUGAUGAUGAUGGUUUAACAUUAAUCGUCCUUACGGAAGGCGAACGCAUCGUCCUUGGAAAGAUCGGCAGGAAGGUAGACAAGCAAGACGAUGAGGUGUUCUUCCAGAUGACAGAGGAGCGGGAUGCAGCCAGCGGCGCAUACCACGUCACUAUCACGUGGGACGGCCCCAGUGAUAGGGUGUUUGAAGACUGCUUUGACUUUGGUAACAGACAAUGGUACGGUGGCCCAGAACAGAAAGAGCAAUACUGGCCAAUACAAACCUCAAAAAUCGAGAAAUAUUCGAUAAUUUCAAAGGAAGCCGAUAAUUCUGCAGUCUCUGAAAGAUAUUGGGUCAACUCAAAUGGAUGGUACAUUUACAUCCAACCAGAGGCACCCUUAUUCGUGGACCACCACAAUAUCUUGGAUAACCACAUUUGCUUCGUCGCUGAGGUUGCAGCUCCUUAUUCUACAAAACGUUUGCACAAUGUUCUGCAGUACGACCUUUGGUUCUUCGACGACGUUAAGCAAGCGCAUCAACACGCAGUUGACACGUACUUAGGUAAACCAUCAGGGAUUCCCGACUACAGAAUGAUCCAAUACCCUGUUUGGUCUACCUGGGCAAGAUACUCUAGAGAAAUUGACCAAAGCAGUCUUUGGGAUUUCGCCAACGAAAUUAAAGACAGUGGGUUCCCCAACGCCCAAUUUGAGAUCGAUGAUCUGUGGGAAAUUUGCUACGGAUCUCUAACUGUUGACGAGAGGAAACUUCCUGAUUUAAAACAACUUGUUCAGGAUAUUAAGGGUCUCGGAUUCAGAGUUUCGAUUUGGGUGCACCCCUUCAUCAAUAAGGACUGCGAGCCGUGGUACUCCGAUGCUUUGAACAAAGGUUACCUAGUCCUGAACGAAAAUGGUAGUCCAGAUAGCUCCUGGUGGAACAACAACGGCUCAGUGCCCGCCUACAUCGACUUCACGAACCCUGAAGCAGCUGACUGGUACAGCAAGAGAAUCCAAAACAUUUUGGAUACUUACGAUAUUGACAGCAUUAAAUUUGAUGCUGGAGAAUCUAGUUGGUCUCCUCAGAUUCCAGUUCAAAAUGGCGAUAUUGAUCUACAUCCCGGACACAUCGUGCAAUCUUACGUGAGGACUGUUGCCCAGUUCGGACCUAUGAUCGAAAUCAGAUCUGGAAUGAGGACCCAAGACCUCCCAGUGUUUAUUCGUAUGGUAGACAAGGACACGUACUGGGGCUACAACAACGGGCUCAUCACCCUCGUAACCACGUUGCUCACCAUGAACCUCAAUGGCUACACACUGGUGCUGCCCGACAUGAUCGGCGGCAACGGCUACAACGACAAACCUUCCAAGGAACUGUUUGUGAGAUGGUUACAAGCUAAUGUAUUCAUGCCCACGCUGCAGUACUCCUUUGUGCCGUGGGAUCAUGAUGAAGAGGCGGUUGAGAUUUGCCGUCGCUACACGCAAUUGCACGCAGACUACGCGGAUGAGAUCGUUGCCGCCAUGCAAGCUUCGGUCGACAAGGGUACUCCGGUCAACCCUCCCAUCUGGUGGAUUGACCCUACCGACCAAGAAGCCCUAGCAGUUGGAGAUGAAUUCCUCUUGGGCGAACGCAUACUAGCAGCGCCAGUGUUAGUUGAGGGGGCAGUAUCUCGAGACAUCUAUCUUCCUAAAGGCCAGUGGCGGGAUGGUGUGACUGGCGAGCUGGUGUCUGGACCAACAUGGCUGCGGGACUACCCAGCACCGUUGGACACUCUGCCUUACUUCACGCUUGAAGACUAAGAUCUUUUGUAAAA